AUGCAGGUGGACCCUCUUCCAGAGCAAGUCCGUGUCACCAUUUCUAUGGAGGGCCUUCGUACGGGAAUCGCGAGGACGGAAGUCUUCCGCGUCCACCCCUCAACGUUUGAAAGGGACGUAGACAUAGCGUUAAAUGCUGACUUCAACUUUAAAGCCGCUCGCUUUGGCUAUAAUGGGCAUGCCCGAAGAUCAAUUGACGGGGCUGAGCCCAUGGAUCUCAGCCAUGCUACAGAAGAAGAGAGAGAUUUUCUGGCUGUUGAACAGCAACGCAAGAUCCGUAGAUGUUACAUGUGCGGGAGCACCAAGCAGUUGCGUCCUCAAGGAUCACUGCGGAAGCCGCGUCAAAGUCGGCCGAGCCGCGAUCCGCAUCCUGACCCGAAGCGGUACGGAGCGGGAAAACGGCAACUUUUAGUAGGCGCAGGGCUCCCUACUGGGGAGUAA